UUUCACCAUUUCCAGCAUGGCCACGCCCACUGUCAAGUCAACCAAACGCUCGAGGGAAUCUGAUGUAGGCUCAGUGGAGCUAGAGGAGCCCAGUGCUGCUUCCGCAUCGACGUCUCAACUGCCAUCAGAAGAGCAAGAGACGGGUCCUCUGACAACAGAACCCAAGAAGAAGAAGAAGAAGGAUGUCACCCCUGGAAUUGUAUAUAUCUCCCGACUACCUCCAGGAAUGACACCUCAGAAGAUCAGGCAUCUUAUGGUUCGAUGGGGAGAUCUGGGAAAGCUGUAUGCGCAACCAAAAGAUGGUAUGUGCGAUGCCGAAAUGUUCGUGCUGCCGAGCUCAUCUUUCCACAGCUGUGACCAGCUACAAUCCCAAUGGUCAACAUAAGAAGAAGCAAAAGCACCAAAACGCCAAUUACUCUGAGGCCUGGGUGGAGUUUUUGGACAAAUCUGUAGCCAAAACUGUGGCUUCCAUGUUGAACGCUCAAGUGAUUGGUGGGAAGAAGGGUGACAAAUGGAGAGACGACAUAUGGACCAUGAAGUAUCUGAGCGGUUUCAAGUGGGAGAUGCUCGGUGAACAGAUGGCAUACGAGAAACAGGCUCAUCAGGCUCGUCUACGUGCUGAGAUUUCGCGCUCCAAGACAGAGCAAGGAGAGUACUUGAAGAAUGUUGAUCUCGCUCGGCAGCUGGAAAAGCGCAACGCCAAGAAGGCUGCUGCUGGCGAGUCUGGGAAUGCUGCUCCCUCAACCGGGGAUGACACCAAGGCUUCACGGGGGUACAAGCAAAGGCAAGCCGUAGAGAAGAGCAAAACUCUGGAAGGGCAGGGUAUGGAUGGGGUACUCGGCAAUAUCUUUGGAUAAUCUGUUGUUUUUGUAUGUAUAUUUGUGGUCAUCAGAAAUAGGGUGUAGACCAGAUAGUGCAGGUCGUAACAGUG